AUGUUGUUGCUGUCUUUUUGCAUUUUUUAUGACAAUUUUUUACUAUAUAAAGGGAAGGUAUCUCAUAACCAAAAUUAAACAACUUCAAGAUGUCAAAGACUUUACUUAUUUUAAUCGUUAUUGGUUUCGUAGCAACGCUACAGAUUGUGAAUGCAGCUAGAGGUGCAGGUGCAUGUGUGGGAAAAGGAUCCUGCACGGGAUUAAAUUCUGGUGCUGGUGGUGGUAGUUGCACUGGAGAGGGAUCUUGCAAGGGUGAAAGUUCAGGUGCAGGAGCAGGAUCUUGCACGGGCAAAAACUCUUGUGCAGGUAAGGGAACUGGUGUUGCGGCUGGUACAUGUACUGCUGCCAAUUCAUGUCCUUAAAUGACGAGCGGUGUUGCUCUAAUUGUAUGACAC